GCGAAGCUCCUAAGGGGAUGGAGAUGGUGCCGGUCGUCGCCGUCGCUCCCCGUCUUCCCCCACGGGGCGCCGGGAGGCCAAGAAGCCCCGCUGCGGCCGCCUGCGAAGGAAGGAGAGAACGCUCAUCUAUUCUGGAUUUAGCUCAGUAGGACAUGAAUGAAGAAAAUUACGUCAUUGGAGCUGGAACUUUAAAAAAACACACUCUCAUUUACAGUUAUGCUGCCAACUUAAGUUUCUUUUGAAGAUUCUUCUUUUUCGCCUUUACACAAAGCUUGAACCACAAUGACUUCGGGUUUGUGGAGUCAAGAAAAAGCGAGCUCUCCAUAUUGGGAAGAGCGUAUAUUUUAUUUACUUCUCCAGGAAUGUAGCAUUAUAGACAAGCAGAGUCAAAAGCUAUUAAAAAUACCUAAAGGUAGUAUUGGUCAGUUUAUUCAAGACAGGUCUUCCGGUGGCCACAUCAGGAACAACCCUUCGUCCAAAAGCAAGAAGCUACAAAUAGGAAUCAAGAUUUUGGAACAGCCCCACGUGGUCCUGUACGUUGACGAUAAAGAGCUCGUUGAUAUAGAUGAAAAGCGAGCCGAGCUGCUAUUGGCAAUCACCAAUUGCGAGGAAAGAUACAGUAUAUUUAAAAGCAGAAGCAGGCUGCGUAAGGGCCUCCACAUCGAUGUUGGUUCCCCAGUGAAAGUGCAGCUGAGAUCAGGAGAAGAGAAAUACCCUGGAAUAGUUCGCUUUAGAGGACCCUUAAUACAAGAGAGAUCUCUGUCGGGUAUAUUUUUCGGGGUGGAGCUUCUGGAAGAAGGUCGUGGUCAGGGCUUUACUGAUGGACAGUACCAAGGCAAACAGCUGUUCAGAUGUGAUGAGGACUGUGGAGUGUUUGUUGCACUAGACAAACUAGAACUGAUGGAAGAUGAUGACAAUGAACUGGAGAAUGACUAUGCAGCUCCAGUUGACUCAAUGCAGGUAGACCUUCCUCCUUUGGAGCUCAACUCCAGGGUUUCUGUGAAGAUAGGGAAGAAUAUAGAGUAUGGGACAGUUAUAUUCUGUGAUGUCAUACCAGGAAACGAGAGUUUAGGAUACAUUGUUGGAGUGGACAUGGAUAAUCCAAUUGGAAAUUGGGAUGGAAGAUACAAUGGACAACAGCUCUGUAGUUUUGCAAGUGUUGAAAGCACGCUUCUUUUGCAUAUCAAUGAUGUUAUCCCAGAGGCCGUGUCUCAGGACAGGAGAGCUCCCAAACUCGCUUAUACUUCCAGAGGUGGUGGUGAGAAAGGUUUUGGUCAUAGCAAACCAAAAUCUACAGGUGCACUCUCUGAUCCUGGAAACAGAAACAGAACAGAAUUUUUCUACGCUUUAAAUGGCUCCUCAGUAGAUUCUCAGUCAAAAUCAAAAAAUACAUGGUAUAUUGAUGAAGUGGCUGAAGAUUCUGCAAAAUCACUCAAUGACUCCUCUUCUGGCUUUGGAAAUUCUUCCCCACCGCUCCAGCCUGCGCCGUCAAAUAGUUUAUCUUCCGAAAACAGAUUCCAUUCCCUGCCUUUCAGCCUAACCAAGAUGUCAAGCACCGCCAACAGUUCCAUAUCACACAGCCCGCUCUCCUUAUCUGUCCAGUCGGUCAUUGGAGAAGGGACUUCCGGUCCAACACAAGAGAGUCCCCCCGCUACCGUGGCCCCUAUCAACAUGCAUGGCCUCGAAGCUGGCUCUUUAGCAGAAGUGAAAGAAAACCCUCCCUUCUAUGGAGUAAUCCGUUGGAUCGGGCAGCCGCCAGGGGUCAACGAAGUGUUAGCCGGGCUUGAACUGGAAGAUGAAUGUGCAGGUUGCACCGAUGGGACAUUUAAAGGGACUCGUUACUUUACCUGCGCACCAAAGAAAGCUCUUUUUGUCAAACUGAAGAGCUGUCGACCCGAUUCCAGAUUUGCUUCAUUGCAGCCGGUGUCCAAUCAGAUCGAACGUUGCAAUUCCUUAGCUUUUGGAGGCUAUCUCAGUGAAGUGGUUGAAGAAAACACUCCUCCAAAAAUGGAAAAAGAAGGACUGGAAACAAUGAUCGGGAAGAAAAAGGGUAUCCAGGGUCAUUAUAACUCCUGCUACUUAGAUUCCACCUUAUUCUGCCUGUUUGCAUUCAGUUCUGUUUUGGACACAGUCUUGCUUCGGCCGAAAGAGAAGAAUGAUGUAGAAUAUUAUAGCGAAACUCAAGAACUUCUACGGACAGAGAUAGUGAAUCCCCUUCGAAUAUAUGGAUACGUGUGCGCCACAAAAAUAAUGAAGCUGAGAAAGGUCCUGGAAAAAGUUGAAGCCGCAUCAGGAUUCACCUCGGAAGAAAAAGAUCCAGAAGAAUUUUUGAACAUUUUGUUUCAUCAUAUUUUAAGAGUAGAACCACUCUUAAAAAUAAGAUCGGCAGGGCAAAAAGUCCAAGACUGCUAUUUCUAUCAGAUUUUUAUGGACAAGAAUGAGAAAGUUGGAGUGCCCACCAUACAGCAGUUACUGGAAUGGUCUUUCAUCAACAGCAAUUUGAAAUUUGCAGAGGCCCCCUCAUGUCUGAUAAUUCAGAUGCCUCGAUUUGGGAAGGACUUCAAAAUGUUCAACAAAAUAUUCCCUUCUCUGGAAUUGAAUAUCACAGACCUGCUUGAAGAUACCCCAAGGCAGUGUCGUAUCUGCGGAGGACUUGCAAUGUACGAAUGUCGGGAAUGUUACGAAGAUUCAGACAUUUCCUCUGGUAAAAUCAAGCAGUUUUGCAAAACUUGCAAUACGCAGGUUCACCUUCACCCCAAAAGGCAGAGUCACAAAUUCAACCCAGUGUCACUUCCGAAAGAUUUACCGGACUGGGAUUGGAGGCACAGCUGCAUCCCUUGUCAGAAGAUGGAGCUCUUUGCUGUCCUUUGUAUAGAGACGAGCCACUAUGUGGCUUUUGUUAAAUAUGGCAAGGAGGAUUCCUCUUGGCUCUUUUUUGAUAGCAUGGCUGAUCGGGAUGGAGGUCAAAAUGGUUUUAACAUCCCUCAAGUGACUCCGUGCCCGGAAGUCGGCGAGUAUCUGAAAAUGUCUCUCGAUGAAUUGCACUCUCUGGACUCGAGGAGAAUCCAAGGCUGUGCGCGGAGGCUCCUUUGCGAUGCUUACAUGUGCAUGUAUCAGAGCCCUACGAUGAGUUUGUACAAGUAGGACGUGGAGGACUCUCGCGAGAACGGAGCCUUUUCCCAAGGACUGGACGGUGGCCCAAGAAAGCUCAACGGAGCUCUCUCAGCUUGUGCGUCUGUUGCUGGCAAUGGAUGCCUCAAAAGGGUAUGGAAAUCAAAGAACUAGAAAGAAGAAGAAGCUAUUUUAACAGAAAGGGGGAAUGGUGCGGUGUUGUGUUGCUAAAACAUUCAAAUGUUUUCGCUCUUGGACCUGUGUGUGUGUGUGUGUGUGUGUGUGUGUGUGUGUGUGUGUGUGUGUGUGUGUUUUAAAAUAAAAAAAGUCUAAAUGAAGCGAUUGUAACGUUUAGGUUGUGUUUCAGAGAAACUGUUUACAUAGAUCGAAGAUUACACCCUCCACCCCCACCCUCUAGAGCCUUCCGAUGCUUCUGAUCCUGCACAGCCUAAUGGAAGAGGACUAUAUAUUUUGGAAGUUGUACAUUUCCCAGCGUUGUCUCCAUCGUGUCCGUAAGACCAGCCGUACCACCCUUGGCUACAUCAAGGUCUUUCGAUUCCUUAUUUUGACCCGGAAUAAGUCAAAUCACAAAACCCAAAUCAUCUCGAGUGCACCGCGUUGAGUGUAUCAGUGCAGAUAUACGUGAUCAGUCCACCUUGUUUGCUCUGGACCAAGAAUUCUCAUUGUUUUCUUCGUAGCAAAUGAGUACUUGUCAGGAAAAGGAAGAGUAACGAGGGUGCAACCUUGCAGCCGUACUCGGAGCUCCAGAAGUGGCCUCCCUUGGCCAGAUUUGCCGCCUGAGUCCUGUUCCAUGAACUGGAUGCCAUUUGUAAGGUCGUUUCUGGGAAUGUGUGGAUGAAACCAGUAUGAUGUCUUUCCAUGGACACAUCCAUCUUCAAAGCUAAUCCUGAAAGGCAUGUCUUCAAGCUUGAUUUCCAUAAUGGAAGAAUCCCGAAAACCUGUUUCUUUUGGGGGUUUUUUGUUUUGUUUUGUUUUCUAAAUGAGUUUUGGAAACUUUUUCAGCAUGUGUUCUGCAUGCCCCUUGGCCAAUUUUUCAGAAAGUACCCAAUUACUUGGAAGGUCUGAGGCUAUUCUCCUUUCCUUCAGUGACAGGGAAAAAGACCCCCCCCCCCGACACGGCUUGCAAUUCAGCGUGGUAAAGGGGAUGAGAUCAAUUCAUAUCAUUUCAAGAGCUGUCGUAGAGAUCAUUCAAAAGCACUCCAUUAAAUUAUCUUCCUGUCUUCUGUUAGGUAAUAGCUUAUGUGUUCGCAUGCGUCUGCACCUGGAGGGCAGAUUUGGCAUUACGCAAGCAAUCCAGUCGUCUUAAUACAUUUGUUCCACCGUCCUGACCGAGGGAAUAUGAGUCAAGUUUAAUCUCAUCCAGAUAUUCUUUUGCUGCUUCGCUAUCCGCAUAGGCUGCCCUUUAUGGUUGCAUCUGAAUCGCCCAAUGGGACUUUUAGGUACUGCAUGUUGAUUGGGUGGAUUUGACAGUGUCUUCAGGUCUAGGACAACUUCCCACUUGCGGCGAGACAAGAGUUACACUAAUAUCGAAGAAAGAGUGGAAUAGAAUCAUUAAAGAAAGAAUGCCAAAGGAGGGACAAAAUGAAAUGUGAACGACAGCAAAAUAAUUUUUAAAAUUAUUUUAAUCAAUUGAAUUGUUGGAACUGUGAGUUGGCCAUCGCGAGUUGACCAUGGGAAAUUGGCCUCAUCAAGUUCUCCCAUUCCAGUGUCUGCAAAGUAGGAUCAUGAGGGCAAUGUUCAGCAAAUUGUACGUUUGGGAUAAAUGUACCCCAUAGACACCAUAUGUAAUAGCAGCAUGUUUAAGACCUCGGUUGCUAGUUAUUGUGCACUUAUUAUUUUUGUCUCAGGGAAUGCCAUGGAAAUGAAGUGUGUUGUCUAUUAAAUGGAAGGCGAACAUUGUAUUUUCCCCCCCCUCCUUCUGCGCUUUAGAACCGAUUCAUCAUCUCAAAGGAUAUAUUGAGCCAGUGUGUAGUUAAAUCAUUUGACUUGCUGUUCAGUACAUGGCAAAACAUUACUAGCUUGUUUGAAGUAUUCAAUGUCGUAUUGAGUAUUUUUUAUGAACUGUAGAUGCAAAUAGCUUUUCUGCAGUACGGAGGAAAACCUGCUAUUGUUGCCUUAGGUACAUUUUGAAAACAGUAGCUGAAAACAGUAGCACGUGUGAGGUGAGGAACUCUCCCCCCCCAAAGAAUAAUAUAGAGAUGGAUUGUAUGUUAUGAAGUAGAUCUUUAUAUAUAUAUAUAACCCUUCAGGAUGGAUGGUGGAUGCCGAAUGUCUCUUAAGAUCAGCUUGCUAUUGAGAAACUGAUGGAGGGAGUAAUUAGGCAUCUAAAGCUUUUUUCAAUGGUUUCUAAUUGCACAGCAGGACUGCCAGCUCCUUGCAUUAAUUCUCAUUUGUGUAACUCGUGAUUGGAUGCCCUUCUUGUUCCUACUUACCCUGCUUUCCCUUUGAACAUUCGUGGGAACUCCGCGCCUCAGAAGAUGGCUGAGAAAUCGUGGCUUGAGAACGUGUCAUGCUCCAGUUGGCUUGGACUGAGAGGGAAAUGGCAAUCUUGAGGGAGCAGUUGGAUGAAAGAAUGUGGGCAGGUAGUGAGCAGUUAAUCAAAAGAAUUCGUGGAAAGAGAUACUGAUCAGAAAACAGGCUCCGUCUUUUUGUCGGGGGUGUGGAGAAUAAGGGCAGGAACACAUCCUUGCAUCAUCCAGAGUUAUUCUUGGGUCAUCUGAGGAUGCGGCUCCAAUCCUUGGACAAAGGUUUAUGUGGCAGUGAGAAUAAAACAACAGGGCCUAGAAAGCUGAAUCUUGGGAACUAUCUCCCUUUUAAAAUAAUCACAUCGAAGGUGGCGUAUGAGACAUAGUUUCAGUGGUUCUGAUAUAUAAUGAUCCUUUCCAGCUUGUUUCCCAAUAUUGCAGUCGGGGGGGGAAAGUCUUGGCUGGUGAAAGAGUCUCCCUUUUUGAAUGUGCAGUGCAAUAAAACAUACGUGGCAAAUCGCUCUCCCUCCGUCCCUUUCCUUGCCCUUUCUAUUUCCUCUUCUGUUUCAUCCGUCGUGAUUUUGGCAUUUUGAUAACCCCGCUCUAAAAGGUCUCCAGCGGCACUGUGAAAAGUGAACUUUUAAGCCAUUGUCCUGCAGAAGGAACUCAAGAGAAGUGAGAUCGUUUUGUUUUGAGAUCGUGUUUUCCACGUCUGCACGGACUUUCGAUGUGUAAGCAAGGCAUUAUAUAAAGUGUCGUCUUUUGGUUUUCCCCGGGAUUGCGGAGAUUGUCACGAAAGAUAAUAGCGCUUGAAUCAAUAUGAAAGCUGAAUUGGAUUUUUAUCUUGACCUGAACUGCCUCUUUCGAGGUUUGGGGUUUUAAUUUAUUCUGCCAUUGUAACAAACUUAACGUUCUGCAUUGGCUCGCACAAUUUUUAGAAGAACGAAAAUAAAGAUUUUUGUGGUUUGAGUGCCGUUGUCUCCUCUAUCGAGUGUCUCAACCGAGAGCUUAGGAAGUUUUUCAGAUUGCAUGUGUGAAGCCUUAAUUUCUUCAGACGAGGAAAGAAAUGAUACCCUAUAUUAUUUCUGUACUUAAUAUUUAAUAAACUCAUCAUUUUU